CUCUCUCCCCCUUCUCCUGUCUUCCUCCUCCACUUAAUGCAAUGUGCCCUCUCUUUUCGCUAGGACCAAGCAAUGAAGGUAUCCUUAGAUUCUGGCCCAUCUCCUCAAUGGACUCUGGGGUUAGUUGAGGACAAUCAGGCUCACACUUCCUGACUGUCAAAGGUGAUAUUCAAAAACCAAUAGGACAUGCAUGCAGGACUGAUCUUCCCAUGUACAUCCAGGGAUGAGGUGAAGAGAGCCAGGAUGCUCAGGGGGCAUCAUUUACGUCCCUUUUCUUGGCCUGUGCCCCAAAGCUUGAAAGUGCAUCUGUCUUUGAAGGAGCCGGCUCCAGUGGCCUGUUGUAAUGGAAGAGGCAGGCAGUUUUCUCUCUCUGCCUUGUUCCAUCUCCUAACAGCCUGACAGAUGGCCGGUAAGACAGGGGUAGAAAAAACUCUCCAAGUGAAGACAGGAAUGCAUUGUAUAAAAAUUCACACCCCCUGCUGCCGCCCAAACUCCUUAAAAAAGGAUCGAGAGAAUCCUAAUGGGUACGUGACAUCCUCCGUCUCUCCAUAAAAGGGACUUCAAAAUCUGGUGACGAAGGGGGAGGGGCGAGGAGAAAGAAGAGGAUUUGGGUUGGGGGACAGAGCGACUACCAGAGAAAACUAGAGUAGGGAAAGCAGGACCGCAGGCUCUUCCAUUUGACUUUCCCCCACCUUCGUUCCCAAGCCACCUCUGGCUGAACCUUCGCCCCACCCUCUCUGUCUCAGAGAGGCUUGGAGCUCGAAGUGUCCUGGGUUGAGAGAAUAGGUGAAAAGGAGUGAUCAUGAUACCAUACCUAGUCCUAGAGUUGAAGGAGUUAAGGACCCUCCCUCAUCCAGACACCUAGCCCUUCGCUCCCCAAACCCCUCGCUAGGGCAGGAUCCAACAAUCGACUGAGGAGCGGGAAAGGUGGGGGCAGGGUGGGUGGGGGCGAGGUAACUGUGGCCCAAUCUUGCCCACAGCUUGUCCUCGGUAGGAGGACGCACACCCGGCUCUAAGAACCUGCCGGAGUCCAGGUCCAGCGCCUGCUUUUUCCAAGCCUCCCGAGUGGCCCUGCAGCGUCCGCGCAGCCCUUGCCCCCGCGCAAGCUGUCCGCGGCGCGGGGGAGUGGGGGCGACGGAGAGACCCCGGCAGCCCAGCGGAGGGGGCGAGUUCCCGGUCACCGCGAGCCCCAGGUCUGCGCCCAGCUGCUGCCCGCUCCACCGAACCUCUUACCCCGCCCCCACUCACCCGGCUCAGCCCCUAGGAGAGACGCGCAGGAAGCGUGUUGCUUCGCCCCGCAGAUCCGCAGAAGUUGAGAGGAGUUGGCGGCAGCCUCUGGCCGGCCGGACUUUGCGAGCAGCAGGGGAGAGACGCCGCCACCGCGGAGCCUUCCGGGCUGCCUCCCUCCUGCUGAGCCCGCAGCGAGGGUGGAGAGGGGCGGGGAGGGGGUCGGGCGCGCGAGAAGAACUUGAAACUGUGUGAAGGAAUCCGAAGCAGAAGAAAAGGGAAGAAAAUAAAACAAAGUGGAGACUGCAAGAAAGACUCAACCGUGGUUGAUUGUAUCGGCUGACGCUCCGGCAGAGGGGCUGGGUUGAGGGUUUUUUUUUUCCCUUCCUCCCAUUCUCUCUCUCUCUCUCUUUUAAAGCUACACCAGGUCUCUUUCUCUACUAUCUUUGCACCACCAAACCCUUGCUGGCUCUUAUGGGCAUGAAACACUCCUCCCGCUGCCUGCUCCUAAGGAGGAAAAUGGCGGAGAACGCUGCCGAGAACACCGAGGUGAGCAGUCCCCCCUCUCAGCCCCCUCAGCCCGUGGUCCCACCCAAGCCUGUGCAAUGUAUCCAUCAUGUGUCCACUCAACCCAGCUGUCCAGGACGGGGCAAGAUGUCCAAGCUGCUGAACCCAGAGGAAAUGACCUCAAGAGAUUAUUACUUCGACUCCUAUGCCCACUUUGGGAUCCAUGAGGAGAUGCUGAAGGAUGAGGUGCGGACACUCACUUACCGGAACUCCAUGUACCACAACAAGCACGUGUUCAAAGACAAAGUGGUGCUGGAUGUCGGGAGUGGUACCGGAAUCCUUUCCAUGUUUGCUGCCAAAGCAGGAGCCAAGAAGGUGUUUGGGAUUGAAUGUUCCAGUAUUUCUGACUACUCAGAGAAGAUCAUUAAGGCCAACCAUUUGGACAACAUCAUCACCAUAUUUAAGGGUAAAGUGGAAGAGGUGGAGCUGCCUGUGGAGAAGGUGGACAUUAUCAUCAGCGAGUGGAUGGGCUAUUGUCUCUUCUAUGAGUCAAUGCUCAACACAGUCAUCUUUGCCAGAGACAAGUGGCUGAAACCUGGAGGGCUUAUGUUUCCAGACCGGGCAGCUUUGUACGUGGUAGCAAUUGAAGACAGACAGUACAAGGACUUCAAAAUCCACUGGUGGGAGAAUGUCUACGGCUUUGACAUGACUUGCAUCCGGGAUGUUGCCAUGAAGGAGCCCCUGGUGGACAUUGUGGACCCAAAGCAAGUGGUGACCAAUGCCUGUUUAAUAAAGGAGGUGGAUAUUUACACAGUCAAGACGGAAGAGCUGUCGUUCACGUCUGCCUUCUGCCUGCAAAUCCAGCGCAAUGACUACAUCCACGCCCUGGUCACCUAUUUUAAUAUUGAAUUUACCAAGUGCCACAAGAAAAUGGGGUUUUCCACAGCUCUGGUCCUAAGCAAAGAGGAAAUCAGUAUUAAUGAGUCCUGUAUGCUGGUGGAGGAAACCCCUGAUGCCCCCUACACCCACUGGAAGCAGACUGUUUUCUACUUGGAAGAUUACCUCACUGUCCGGAGAGGGGAAGAGCUCUAUGGGACCAUCUCCAUGAAGCCAAAUGCCAAAAAUGUGCGAGAUCUCGAUUUCACAGUAGACUUGGACUUCAAGGGACAGCUGUGUGAAACAUCUGUAUCUAAUGACUACAAAAUGCGUUAGCACACGUGGGAUGCUGCAGAGAGUGAGCAAGAAACCAUUCCCACCUCGAUCUGCGGCACUGUGACAAGGAAUACUGUUUGCAGGACUACACACUGAAUAUCAGAGGUUUAAACUCUGCCUUGAAGAUUGGGGAACUCACCAGGGCUCCCAUGGGCUCUGACGCUGGACAGGUGGUCUCUGGCUCCUCAGGUCUGCUCUGUGAGCCCUUCACAAAGGCUUUGCUGUCGCUGAUCAAGAGCGACCUCGUGGCUGGGCCUGGGGACAGAACGUACCCAUGUAUCCCCAUUGUCCUCCUGUACUGUGAAUCUCCGGAUCUUCCAAGUUUUGCAUGCUGCAGGCAUCUAGGGCAGAUCGCUUCACUAGAACCUGGAGGCUAGUAUCUUUGAUAGCAUAAGCCAGAUUCUGUCUGUGCAGUGGUGUGUGGGUGCGUGUGUGCAUACCGCAUAUACAGGUGUUUAUUUACCCACAACACUGUAUAUGCACGCACUUACAACCACUGGGUUCACCCAUGUGUUCAUUCAGGGCGUGUGUGCGCACAUGUACGUAGAAUAUAUAUUACUCUCAGAGGAGAUCUUGUGGCUUUCGAAUAGGACUUUGUUUUGUGAUUAGCUCUCCCCUCCCCCAUCCCUUACCAGAUGUAAGCAGCUAUGAAACGUUCUCUGUACUAGCUCUGGUCUCCUUUUGACUAGACCAUGGCUCCGAACCUGAGCAUAGUACCACACACUCUGUGGGCGCUCAAUAAAUGCACAUGACAGUGAA